AGGGACCGCUCUCUCCGCCCCCAGCGGAGUCUCCCUCCGCCCCCGCCCGCGCUCCCCACCCCUUCCUCCGGCCGCGGAGAAGGGCAUGGAGUUGCCGAGAGCCUAUAAAAGCCCCUGAGAGCCCGCCGCGGCCACGGCGCUGCGACAGCCUGCGCGGACGCAGCCGGGCCGCGCACCAUGUCCCACCACUGGGGAUACGGCAGCCACGACGGACCUGCUCACUGGCACGAGCACUUCCCCAUCGCCAAUGGAGAGCGCCAGUCCCCUAUUGCUAUUAGCAGCAAGUCUGCCAAGUACGACUCCUCGCUGAAGCCUCUCAGCUUCAGUUACGAUGCCAGCACAGCUAGAAACAUAGUCAACAACGGGCACUCCUUCAACGUGGAGUUUGAUGAUUCCUCCAACAAGUCAGAUACGUGCGAGUCUGCUCUUGCUGUCAUCCUGAUAUUACUGAACCCAAGGGGAACAGGUUCAGUGCUGCAAGGAGGAGCGCUGGAUGGAGUCUACAGGCUGGCACAAUUUCACGUUCACUGGGGAUCCUGUGAGGGCCAAGGGUCUGAGCACACUUUGGAUGGUGUGAAGUAUGAUGCAGAGCUCCAUAUUGUUCACUGGAAAGAAAAAUAUGGUAAAUUUGCUGAAGCUGUGAAGCACCCUGAUGGUUUGGCUGUGGUAGGCAUCUUCAUGAAGGUAGGCAAUGCCAGGCCUGAAAUACAGAAGGUUGUGGAUGCUCUGAACUCCAUUCAAACCAAGGGGAAGCAAGCUUCCUUCACAAACUUUGACCCCACUGGACUGCUUCCUGCAUGCAGAGACUAUUGGACGUACCCCGGCUCACUGACCACUCCCCCACUGCUCGAAUGUGUGAUCUGGCACGUUCUGAAGGAGCCCAUCACUGUCAGCCCCGAGCAGAUGUGCAAACUCCGUGGCCUUUGCUUCAGUGCUGAGAAUGAGCCUGUGUGCCAUAUGGUGGACAACUGGCGCCCGUGUCAGCCUUUGAAGAGCAGAGAAGUCAGAGCUUCCUUCCAGUAACCUCAGUGCUGAGCGUGUUAGAAAUUGCUGUGUUUGUGAGGAGCCCCUUUUGCUAAGCCCAAAUCAAACCUUUGCCUUGUGUGCCCUGGCAACAUCUUGUCUCCCAGAUCUGUUCUUUCUUUUGCUCUGCAUCUGAAACGCCAGCUAAUGAAAUGUGAAAGGCUCUUGGCCAAAUAGGAAAGGGUUCUUAAGGUUGGGGGUUGGGGGAGGCAUGGAGUGAUGGUGGUGGUUGUGUGCAUUUUGGUGACUAUUACUGCUACUUACACUUUGGUAUAACAGUAUGUUGGCUACGUGGGAGAGAAUAUGAUGAUAACAAAAUAAGCCAUUUUAAGAAACCUCAUCCACUGAUGUGAUAGUACACAUAACUAACUAAACUUGAAGCUUUGUGAAAAGCACAGGAAUACAGAAUCUAGGUAUGAUUUAGGAAAAAAAGUAUUUUGGAAAGUAAAGAAAAAUGACUAUUGAGAAUGAGACUUCUUAGAUUUUAAGAAACUGACAUGUAAAUAUUUUUGAGACUGUUUUACAUUUUUACCCAUGCUAUCAACAACCUUGAUUAUGUCUUAAUGGUAGUGUUGGACUUUUUUAAUUAAAAUGUCCUAAAUUAAGUAUUACCUUUAAAAGUUGUUAUUACCAUAGGAAUAAUACAAAAUAACUUUUCAUUGAAAUAAUAUAUGCUCUAAUUUAAAGAGGAAAAUAAUAUUGUAUUUUAGAUAACUUCUCUAAUAAAUCUAUACUUAUA